AUAAGUCGUCUCGCGAUGUCUACUAGUUGCAAGUGGAAAGGUGUAUCGAUAUCACAAAUUAUUGGUUCCGAUACGCCAUGGGGAGCCCCAGAGUUUCCUUUAGUGCAACCAGCGCACAACCACACAGUGCUAUAUCAUAUACCAACGAGUGGCGCGCAGUUAGAUAGACCUCCUAAACCGCAGAUCGGAAAGGAUAAAUGGGAUCAGGACCAUGUGAGAAUGCCGUUUUCAAGUCGCAGCUUAUAUCCUGUUGAAAACAUUGCUGGUAAAACUCAACUGAACAAGAGGUGGGAUAUGAUUCAGAAUGCUCUCAAUAGGCCAAUAAGGGAUAGUAAGGAGCUGGCCAAUGCUAUACUUAGCUACAACACAAAGUUUAAAAACAGGUGGAGGUUUGCAUCACUGCAUGAAUUAUUUGAAGAGCAUUUAGAUGUAGAGGAAACGCGAUACUUUUUUGAUGUUACUCUUCCUGAAAUGGUUAAGCUGGCUUUGUCUCUGCCGAAAUUAGUACAAUCACCUAUACCACUGUUGAAGCAGAAUAAGAAUCAUUCAGUGUCAUUGUCACAGCAGCAAGUUUCAUCACUGUUAGCUAAUGCUUUCUUUUGUACAUUUCCAAGAAGGAAUACGACAAAGAGAGAUUCUGAGUAUUCCUCUUAUCCACAUAUCAAUUUUAAUGUGUUGUAUGAGUGUUCACCAUCCGAAAGCAUAAUGGAGAAGUUGAAAUGCAUCUGUUUUUACUUUAGGAGGGUUUGCACAAAAGUCCCGGUGGGAGUGUUGACGGUGAGUAGGCGCGCCACGCAGAGCGGUGCAGUGCAGUGGGCAAGGAGUAGCGCAGCGCUGGCGGCGCUACGCGUGCACGUGGACGCGGCUGGCACCAUUGAGGACGCGCACGGCCUUAUACAAGUCGACUUCGCCAACAGAUAUCUUGGUGGCGGUGUCUUAGGCUAUGGUUGCGUACAAGAAGAGAUUCGUUUCAUGAUAUGUCCGGAAUUAAUAAUAACAAUGCUAUUUACUGAAGCAUUGAAAUCCAAUGAAGCUCUUAUGAUUAUAGGUUGCGAGCAGUACAGCAAGUACUCAGGAUACGGUCACAGUUUCCAGUGGGCUGGCGAGUAUGUGGAUCGGACACCCUAUGACUGUUCCGGACGAAGACGCUGCUCAGUACUAGCCAUCGAUGCCUUGCCGAGUCGAGGGAAAGUUCAGGAGUAUAGGAUUGAAACCGUUACUAGGGAACUUAAUAAGGCAUGGGUGGGGUUCUCAUUUUACACGGGGGAUGACCCUGGUCCCCAUUUCCCCGGUGUUGCGACUGGUAAUUGGGGCUGUGGGGCCUUCGGAGGCUCUGCCCCUCUUAAGGUGCUCAUACAGAUGAUGGCGUUAACGCAGGCUGGAAGACCCAUGGCGUAUUACACCUUCGGAGAUGUUAAGUUACGGGAUGAUAUCAUUCAAGUAUAUGAGUUGCUGGCUAAACAUAAUGUUACAGUUGGGCAGUUAUAUGAAUUAAUUUACAAAUUCUGCAAAGGAGAUAUUGAAAAGAUCAGCAUUUUUUCAUAUUUGGAACAAAUUUUAGAGAAAAAAGUUUCUUCAAGCAAAUCACAGCCAAUGGAUUAUAGCGAUGAAACAGAAAAGUACGCAAUACCAGCCUCGGUUGAAGAAGAUUUUAACAGAUCUCCAGAAAUGUUUACACCAGAUGAAGAUGAUGAGGUCACAGUCAAAGAAGAAUUGUCCGACGCUAACGGAAUAGAUACAUCAUCAAGCGAACAAGAAGUUACUAACAAAACUAAAACAGGCCUAACUUCAAGAUUAUUUGAUGCAAUGGAAAAAAUUGACAAUGACAGCGGACAGUUAAAUCUAAAAAGUCCUCAAAAAUCUAUAUUCAGACAGAAUUCUGAAAUAUCCGAAAGCUCUAUGGACGUUGAGGAAAAAUUGCAAACGGAUUUAUCAUCAAAUGAUAAAAAGAAGUUAGCUAGAAAAAUAACAGACUAUUUUUCAAAGAAACCACUUUGAUGGUCAUUCAUUAAAUUGUAUGUUUUUGUGUAUUAAAUAUGAAUUUGCUCCGUU